AUGGCGAAUCUUGUCAAGUGGUCGCAAACCUCCGUGGCCAUAUGGCUGCACAUGCUUCUCACAUCUGGCUUCAAUGACCAUCGCAGCCUUGCUUUUACACAGCUGCGCCGACAUUUGGGGCUUAAUGAGUGGGCAAGGCGUGAGAUGGGAUUUAAUAAUGCAAAAGAACUCAAGGCGUUCGUAUCGCGGAAGGUGGGCGAGUCGGCUAAGUAUGAUGAGGCCUUGGAGGAGAUGGAGGAGAACAAAGUGCUCAUGGAGAGUGGGAAUAUGACAAAGAAGGAAUUCAUUGCCAACGCUCUAGAAGAGUCAGGCUGUAAGCCCUGUUCCUCGUCGUUUAUGAUUAAUUUUGAGAUGAGAGAUGACGAGUGGUUGUUCCAUAGGGUGGCUCAGCUUGCAAGCUGCAAAGUUGAGAUCGCCGCAUGGAUGGGAUGA